AUGGUCACCGCCGCCAAUGCUGACAAGUCCACGAGAUGGAUCGUCGCGCCCGCCGCGCUGGCGGUGCUGGAGCAAGUCUUCUCCAUGGAGCGCUUCCCGACGCGCCAGCUCCGCGCCAGCCUCGCCGCCGAUCUCGCCGUCAACCCGCGGCAGGCCUCCGCCCCUCCCGUCGGCCUGCCUUUGCCGAGCGUCUUUCCGAAUGGCGGUCCACCGGCCUCCGCCUUUCCGGCCUCCACCCUCCACGCCUCCACCCUCCAUGCCUCGACCCUCCACGCCUCUGGGCACUACGGCGCGCACAGCCUCCGCGGCGCUGGCCCGCCCGCAAGCCGCUCCUCCGCCGACCGAGGCUGGACGCCGCUCGCGAACGUUGAGACCCUCGGCGGCGUCGGCGACGGCGGCGUUGGCGACACGGCUAACGCUGCUCUCGCCGACCACCUCGGCUUGAGCCUGUUUGGCGUGCUCGGCGGAGGCAAGGUGGGACAGGGCGUGCUGCAGGGCGAGUUCGCAUCGGCGGCCGACAACGAGGUCGAGCGGAUCCUCGACGGGCUCAAGGCGGACCAAGCGGACCUCGGCGCCCUCGGCGACCUCGGCGAUCCGGCAACCUCCGCAGCGCCCUUCCUGGGCGCCGGCGAGCGCUGAAGCGGGAGCCGCCGCCCCGGCCGUGCCGCUUCUCGCCACUAGCCCCGCGCGCCGCAUGGCGGGGCCGGGCGCGCCGAGCUCCGUGAGACAGUAGCUCCCCCGGUCUUCUUCCUCCUCGUCCUCUUCUUCUUCCUCGUCUUGUUCCUGUGCCUGAUCCUCCAAGUGCCCCCGAAGCAAGCCCCGGGGCGCACGCCUCUCUCUAUGAUGCCUUUGAUCCGAGUGCAACACGCCGUCGCACCGCUCCAGCACGGAGAACGAGUGCACGGCGCGCACCGACGUGGUUUUUGCGAGUUAGGAAAAGUCAGAUCGCUCUCACCUAUUCGCUAUUGCGUUGGCACGCGCUCGCAAGUCGUAUAUAUCUACGUAGCGAGUGUAGCGUGUUUUUCGAUGUGAUUCGAAUUGUAGUCCGUGGC